AAUAAACCGCCAAACUGUGUGUCCGCGGGUGAGCGCGCAGGCUAGGGUUAGGGUUCCUAGACGCCGUCGCUUGGGCGCGUAACGCGAUGGCCGCAGCCACACCCCACUCGCCGUCGCUUGGGCGCGUAACGCGAUGGCCGCAGCCACACCCCACUCGCCGCCGCCGCCGCAGCUUUCAUCGCCCUUCCUGGAGUAUAUUAGGGCCCCCGGCGGCCUCGACAAGGUCGUGCUCCGUGGCAGGCGCAGCUGCUCCGUGGAGAUCCGUCUUUUUGGAGGUCAAGUAACUUCAUGGAAGAAUGACCAUGGCGAGGAGUUGCUUUUUGUCAGCAGCAAGGCCAUCAAGCCUCCAAAACCGUUUCGUGGUGGGAUACCUAUUUGCUUUCCCCAGUUUGGAACUCAGGGAAAUCUUGAGCAACAUGGAUUUGCAAGAAAUCGGCUUUGGGCUAUUGAUGAUAAUCCACCCCCUUUACCAGUAAAUCCUGCAAUUAAAGCUUUUGUUGAUCUUAUUCUGAAGCCUAGUGAAGAUGAUUUAAAGAUGUGGCCACACAGUUUCGAGUUUCGCUUGAGAAUUGCUCUUGGUGCUGGUGGAGAUUUGAGUCUCACGUCUCGAAUCAGGAAUACCAACACUGAUGGAAGACCUUUUUCUUAUACAUUUGCAUUUCACACAUACUUCUCUGUUUCUGACAUAAGUGAAGUACGUGUCGAAGGGCUGGAAACAAUGGACUACCUUGACAACAUGAAGGGAAAGGAGCGUUUCACAGAGCAAGGAGAUGCUAUUGUAUUUGAAUCAGAAGUUGAUAAGGUAUAUCUUGCUGCACCCUCGAAAGUUGCAAUUAUUGAUCAUGACAUGAGAAGAACAUUCGUCGUGACAAAAGAAGGACUUCCAGAUGCUGUUGUUUGGAACCCUUGGGAUAAGAAGGCAAAAGCUAUGCAAGAUUUUGGGGAUUCAGAAUACAAGCACAUGCUUUGUGUGGAGCCUGCAGCCGUUGAGAAGCCAAUUAGCCUCAAGCCUGGUGAAGAGUGGAAAGGAAGGCUUGGGCUCUCCGCUGUUCCUUCCAGCUACUGUAGUGGGCAGUUAGAUCCAUUAAAGGUCCUUCAUGGUUGAGUUCUCACUUCUUCCUCUUGUACAGAAGCACUUCAUUGCCCUUUCCUAUUUGAUGCUGGGCUGACUCGGACAUUGCCUUGACCUUUCUUCCUUUUCAUCAUCCUCUAUCUUUUGCCCUUUUUGUAUCUACAAGUGAGUAGUAGGGCUGUUCUAAAAUAACAGACCACGUCAGUUGUUUUUAGCCCAGAGCAGGUCAACUCGUCCGUAAUCAAGUCCAUCAGUCUAAAGUAACGUUUCGUGUGGUUCAGUGGCCAUACUGAGGAAUGUUACCAUGUGGUGCAGUUGUAGCAUUUUGUGUUAAUAUGUACUCCCUCUGUUCGGAAUUACUCGUUCAAAAAAUGAAUGUAUCUAGAUGUAUUUUAGUUGUAGAUACAUCCAUUUUUGUGACAAGUAAUUCCGAACGGUGGGAGCAGUAGCAUUUUCUUCCUGCAAAAAAAUUUAUGUAGCCAUGUCAUUUUUUUUUGAGAACCGCCCUCAAGGCAUUUUAUUCAUUUUGGUGGACUAA